GCAGACACGACCGACGCCACCUCACCUCACCUCUGCCAUGGCCGAGAACAUCCUGGCCGCCGCCUGCGAGAGCGAAUCACGGAAGGCAGCCAAGAGGAUGCGACUGGACGUGUACCAGGCCCACGAGGAGCAGAUUGCCCUGGACAAGCCUGUGUGUCGUGAGCCAGCCUCCCUAGCCCACUCUGCCUACUCCCUGGCUGCUUCGGCCUUCUCCCAGGACCAGCUCUACAUCAACGGCGGCCUCAACUACAGUUACCGUGGUUACGGCGGCCUGGGAGCCAGCAUGCAACACCCGGUCUCCCUGACAACAGGCACUGCUCAGAGCAACGGCCCAACAGACCUGAGCAUGAAGUCUCUGGGCUCCAACUCCUCCUCCUCCAGCUCUAACAGCCACGGGGCCCGGGGCGGCGGCGGGGCGGCGGGCGCUCAGCUCAGCCCCACUGAGGUCACGGCGGUGCGCCAGCUCAUCGCCGGCUACCGUGAAUCAGCAGCGUUCCUGCUGCGCUCAGCCGACGAGCUCGAGAGCCUCAUCCUGCAACAGAACUGAGAACGGAGACCCUCACCUCCCUCCCCCUCCUCCCCUCCCACCCCCUCCUCCCUCCCCUAACCCCCCCCCCCUCCCCUCUCACAGCACCAGACCUGCUCCCCCGUCCCCUGCUCCACCAGGCACCACGUCCAUCCUCUCUCUCUCUCCCUCUCUCUCAGGGGGCAGGCCCACUGCAUUCCAUCACCUGUCUCACCCCUCUCACUUUUCUCAGCACUCCUUCACCCAACACCCCCCCCUCCCUCACACCUUCACCCUUGUCACCAAAGCUGCUGUGAGGGAAGGAGCACAGACGAGAAGAAGAGGCAACAGGAGGGCGAAGAGUUGGACAGAGAAGAUGACAAUGGUAGAACACUACAAGGCUGUGGUGUUUCUAGAAGAAUCUAUAAGUGACUGGAACUGGAUGAACCAGGGCAGGGGGAUAAGUUGGAUAGACCCCCCUCGCCAACGACAUCCCAUAAAAAACUAUGGAAAUAUAACUGGCUAACUAGUACAAAAAAAUUGUUAAUGAUAAAUAUGUUUGAUUUGAAGGUAAUGUGUUUUGUUUGGAAAUCUACUGAGUUUCUCCGAUCGCGCGCUACUGAAGAAGGUGUCGGACUGAUCCAAAACACAGCUCCGUUUUGUGAGCAGACGCUCUGAACAGAGGCUGAAGAAGAACGAGAAAAACACAGAGGAGAGGGGAGGCAACCUGCGCUCGCUGUAAAUAAGCUAUCCGUGUCCUACAGCACUUUCCCCACCCCCGCCUCUCCCUCUCCUCCAUUCCCCUCCUCCUCCUCGUGGUGCAUCACUCCAGGGAGACACCUCAGACACCUCCUUCCUGUCGCUCUGCACCCCCUCACACACACACACACACACACACACCCCACACACUCCACACCCCAUUCCAGGUGCCAGACAGCCUCUAAAACCUGCCUGGUGUUUUCAGGCUUGUCACACACACAGCCUUUCUACAGCGAGACAGGUCGAUGGUGACCUCAGCCUCAGUUCCUGUCCCUCCCUCCCUCUCCUGCUUUCCUGUGUUGUGUGUUCGUCUGCGCCUGUCGCCAUGGAGAUACUUUAACCACCAUCAGGACCGCUGACGGAUGGGCGGACGGGAGGCAGGGAUGGAUGGAGAAGAAGCGGGAUGGAUGGAUGGAUGGAUGGAAGGAUGUCAUUUCUGAGUGGUCCAACAUGUUGACCAACCACCCAGACUCAGUCUUCGUUCUUUAUUUCUCUCUCUUGUUCUCACUGGUUCUGUGUUCCUCUGCUCCCUAUGGACCUGUCACCCUCUGCUGUGUAUCCUGUGAUCCAUGCCCAACGCAGCCCAGCUGUCAGGUGCUGUCCAGCCCAGGGUGGCCUGGGGUGAGCCUGGGCCCAGCGGACCUGGGGGUGGGCCUUGGCCCAGCGGACCUGGGGGUGAGCCUGGGCCCAGCGGACCUGGGGGUGAGCCUGGGCCCAGCGAACCUGGGGGUGAGCCUGGGCCCAGCGAACCUGGGGGUGGGC